UCUCCUUAGUAAAAGACUUGAAGGAAGAGUGACAGUAUCAGACUAUAACUUGGUUGUGUGGAAAUUUAAAGUUUAUUUGUGCAAGAGCAGCGAUAUCCUUUUUGUAACGAGGUGACCAGAACUGAACACAAUAUUCUAGACUUGCUGAGAAGCAGGCAGAGAGAGGGAUCCCCCUUAGUGCAGAAUGAGAAGAUGGCAUGCCUGCUCCCUCCAACAGGCCCUGAUGCCUUCCGACGCUUCACUCCAGAGUCUCUUGCCGAGAUCGAGAAGCAGAUCAUUAAAGAGAAAGCUGAAAAGGAAAGGAAAUCACAUGUAGAGGCCGUGGAAGAGGAGGAAGCCAAGCCGAGCGGCAACCUUGAAGCCGGCAAACCCCUGCCCUUCAUAUAUGGUGAUCCACCUCCAGAAAUUAUUGCAGAUCCAAUAGAGGACUUGGAUCCCUUUUACAGCGCAAAAAAAACUUUCAUAGUCAUUAGUAAAGGGAAGACAAUCUACAGGUUUAAUGCUGAGUCCGCCUGUUACCUGCUGAGCCCUUUCAAUCCAAUCCGGAGAGGAGCCAUCAAAAUUCUUAUACAUUCAUAUCCUUUUUGA